AUGUUUCAGAUUAACUUCUAUCGAUCGUAUUUUAAUCUUGACACCGAUACAUUUUUGCAGAAGAUACAGAGAGCUUCCAACCCUCUCAACAGUGCUUUUGCUGGAGAUGAGGACACAGACGAAGUGACAGAAUUGUAUGGCUUUUUCUGGAUAACAGGAACAUUAAUUUUCUUGAUGUUUGUCAGUGCCACAGGAUCUAAUAUCUUAGCGAAUUGGCUUCAUUCCGAUCCGGAAAACAAGCCAUACGAGUACAGUUUUGAAUUGCUCUCGAAAUCAAUCUUUUUGUUCUAUGGUUACAAUCUAGUAGUACCAUUGAUUCUUUAUUUAGGCACAGCUUUUUUGUUGAAGUUUCCCAACACGCUUCCGUUGACGAAGGUGAUCUCUAUCUACGGCUACACGAACAUCUUGUGGUUCCCCAUUACUGCCAUCAACUUCCUAAUCGUGGUUUUCAUAAGCAACAAGAAACACCAUUUGAUGCUUAAUUUCUUAGAAUGGAUCAUAGUACUUAUCAGUGGUACCAUCACUGGCUUAAGCAAUAUCACCAAGUUGAGUGGCGUAAUCCACAAGAAUUGUUUGUUGCUAGCAGAUGGCGAUGCCAGCUCUGCUAAUAGACAGUAUAUGACCAUUAUAGGUCUUUUGGUGAUCGCUCAUGCCUUGUUCACCAUACUUGUCAAGAUUAGCUUCUUUGGAAUUAAAGUGUAG